AUGACCGACAACCUACCCUCAAUCUGUAGCUCUAACGUGGCUUUGUGUAGAAGAUGCAGUUCUGGACUUCCUCACCUCGCAUUCAUAAUUUUUGACCUUGAAUUUGUAGCAGCGAGUCUGCCUGCCUCGCGUUUGGCUUUGUUAGUAGAUGAAUAUGUAGAGCUUCGGUUUGCCUCUUCUCACGUUCAUGUGGUCUUCUUUUCCAAAACUAUAAGUCAAUUUAUUGUCUGUGUGCAAGCUUUUCCGAUGGUUGCUGUCAGACCUGCUUCAUGGUAUGCCUUCUGUAAAUUUCCUUUGCUUUUGACAUCGUCUACAUUUUCAUUCCUGCAUUCCCUCCCUUUUGCCCUUGCUACUAACUUCAGCUUUGGUUCCUAUAGCUCAAAUCCUCGCAACACUGAAGAGUUUGUCGCUUCUUUCCAUGCUUUUCUUCAUAGGAAUCCCCGUCGAAUGACUUUAUCUUUCUUUGCCCUAGGGAAGAUUCUUAAGGUAGGGUGUCAGCCUGAUACGAUUACUUUGAAUACACUCUUGAAGGGCCUUUGCAUUAAUAAUGACGUUGGGAAGGCCUUAGAUUUUCAUGAUGAUCUUAUAGAAAAAGGGUUUCAGUUAGACAGAGUUAGUUAUGGUACACUCAUCAACAAGCUAUGCAAAACAAGGAAAACAAGGUUCAUAACAGAAGCUCGUGAUUUAUUUCAUGAAAUGAUUAAUUUGGGAAUGUCUCUAAAUGCUGUGACCUACAACUGUUGUCUAAUACAUGGUUUUUGUUCCAUAGAUAACUGGCUAAAGGUUGCAAAGUUGUUUAAGCAAAUGAAACUUAAAGGCAUCAACCCUAAUAUUCAUACUUUUAAUAUAUUGGUUGGGGCAUUUUGUAAGGGAAGAUGCCUCACCAAAGCUAAAGCUAUUGUUGGCAUGAUGAUAAAGAAGGGUGCGAAACUUGAUGAAGUUACUUACGGCUCUUUAAUGGAUGGGUACUAUUUGAUUCAUAAUGUUGGUAGUCAAGAGUCUUCUUGGAGUGAAGUAAUUGUCUUUGUAUGUGAGAUUGUUAUGCUCAACGCUUUGAGGACAUAA